AUGCCCUCACUGCUUUACGUCAGUCUGAUUUCAAGUGAAGCCCCCGGUGACAGGCUCACCAUCGGCAGGCAACUAUUCUGUUGCCUGAAGGAGUUUGUUUUCCGGACCAAAGGGAUUGGCGGGCUGAGGAUGGUUUGUGAAAGGGAAGCAAUGCCAAUGCUCAAAAGUUUUAACCUUGAGUUUAACGCGGAAGAAUCAGAGUCUGAUAUGGGUUUUGAGUUCUCCUUUGAGCACCUUGCAAGCCUGGAGCAACUCAGUAUUGACAUUUAUUGUUAUGGUGCUACUAGAAGUAGGGUAGAGGCUGCAGAGGCUGCCAUCAAGAACACAGCCAACAUCCAUCCUGGACGUCCCACACUCCAAAUCAAGAGAUGGUCCGAAGACCUAAUGGUCGAGGACAAGGAUGAGAAGGAAACAUGGCUGAAAGAUUAUACAGCAAGAGUGUAA